AUGGAGGUUCCUUCGUCAAGUGACACAGGAAGCACGCGAGCCCGCAAGCUGCGAAAGGGCACAUUCAGCUGCCUGGAAUGCAAGCGACGGAAGAGACGGUGCGAGUUCCAGCCCCUGUCGGCCGAAUGCAACUCGUGCAGACGUCGCGGCCUGCCGUGUCUAAGCCAAGGGCGCGAGCCUGAGAUCGGGCAGCAGAAAGUCACCGAGAGAGUGAACCACAUCGAGGACCUCGUCACCUUGCUGCUCCAGAAAAAGCGCCAUCAGGGAGGCCGCUUGAAGGACACGGCAGCAGCAGUUGAGCUCGGCUCUGCGGUGGCAUGUCCUCGGUCUCCGCGAGGGACCUCGAUCAGUAUCACCACUUACCUGCGCUCUGUUCUGCCGCCGCCUGCGGAAUCCGCGCUGAUUCUCUCUCACACCAAGUCCUCGCACAUGCCUCACAAGAUCCUCUGGCCCGACACCUCGCCAUCGCCGCGCGACGAGCGUUUCCCGCCUGCCUCAGCCCACCCGGUCUUGUAUGGCCGUAAAUUCAUGGAGCUGGCGCUAUGCUUGCAGGAUGCCCAGGAUACAAGCGGCAGUGCAGCGCGAUACGUUGAGAUCGUCUCGCGGCACAUCUCAUCCUUGGACGUCCAUAUGCAGUCAACGGAAGGAAUCGAGACCUUGAUGCUGGAAGCCAUCUACUACGUCAACGAUAACAAGCCGAAAGCUGCGUGGCUCAAGUGCCGCCGAGCCUUAUCAAUAGCGCAGCUCAUGGUGAUAGAGCAUCCGGGAUGGGAGAUAGACCAGAUCUUGGCUCGGUUGGUCUAUGGUGACCGUAUCAUGUCUCUUGAACUCGGGCUUCCGUACUUUGGUGUGUCGGGAUCCAUCUCGGUAGCUUCUGAGGAGAAUCCCAGCUCAAGACUUGAGUAUGCUCAUUCGGUGCUUGGAUGCCGGAUCAUCGAGCGAAAUUUGCGUUUUGAGCAAGGUAAUACCUUACCAGUGUACGACGAAGAGGCACGUGAAAUGGACAACACGAUGAGAGCUGAGAUAAACUUCUUACCAGCGGGUUGGUGGUCCAUCAAGCCUUCUCUCCGACAUCUGGCGGACGACGAGGUGAUGUCUGAGACUGCAAAAAUAUCGACCCAACUCAACCAUUAUUGGUUUCUCAUGCAAAUCCACAUGCCUUUCAUCAUCACUCAGUUACGCUCCGUCGAACCCUCAGAGAAGAACCUAUACAGCGGGGCUGUUAUUGCUACAGCUUGCCGGCAAGUGCUGUCGCGAUUUAUUGUGAUGCGAAACUACCAUGACGGGUACAUUUAUCGCGGUACAGAUUCAAAAGCAAUCUCGGCCGCCAUCAUGCUUCUCUUAACCCACAUCCAGGCGCACCGUUAUAACUGUGGCAACGAUAUACAGCAUUUGCGCCCUCAAGAUAUCGAUCUAGUGCGUGAGAUGCUGAAGCUAGUCGAUUUGUUAUACAAGUCAGAAACAAGAGGGCUGAAAAUCAAGAAAUUACUAGAGAUAGAAGCGGAUGCCGCCAUCGGAGGUCAUUACAUGUUGGUAGACGGAAGCGAUGAAGGUCUACCCUUCUUGAUACCUUAUAUAGGACACCUAAGCCUUGUAAAGGUUUCGUCACCUCAUCAAGCAUCGCAAUUUCCUUGGCUGGAGGAUAUGAUAGCCUUUGAGCCCCACGCCUCGUACCCCCAACUUGAAGGGGACCUCCUCCUGCAAGAGGUGGAUUCAUUGUUGGAGGGGCAGGGCGCCAUUUUGUAA